AUGGAAAGAACAUUAGAUGAAGGACAGCAUUGCGAGCAAACAGGGUUCCGAAAAGGGAUCAGUACGGUUUACCACAUGCACACUGUUUCAAAACUCAGAGAAGUAUCACGAGAGUACAAGCCGCUGUGUCUCACUUUCAUCGAUUUAAAGAAAGCCUUUGAUACAGUUGAGACCGAAGCAGUCAUGGAGGCCUUGUACAACCAAGGCGUCCCUACUCCAUACAUAAAAAUACUUCGUGAGUUGUAUAACAACUUCAUGACCAAAAUUUUCCCAUUCUACAAUCAUCAUGAUCAUGCUAUAUAA